CCUGACCAGCGCAUCUAUUUCUUAAUUUCAUUCCCUCUUCCACACCCUCUUUGCUCUCACUCUCACUCCGUCUCCGGUGGCCUCAAACCGCUCCCUCACAAUUCCAAACACCGCGUGCGCUGCCCACAUCUCCGUUCGCAUCUCCUCCUUGACCAGCUCGAAGUUUCUCGUGUAGUCCAGUGUUGCUUUGUGAGAAGUCGUUCUUGCUUGAAGUGGCUUUUCAUUCACAAGCUCUUUGAGACUUUCUUGGAGAAGAGAGUAGAAAUUCUCAGGAUCAAUAGAGACUUAUUUAAAUUUCUUUGGCAUUGUGUUUUGAAUUGGAAAUCAGGAAGAAGCAAUUUAAAUUUAAUUUCUUUGCCACAAUCUUAUUCUACUUAACCUUCCUCACCUUUUCGGAUACCUAAGGCGAAGUAUAGCUAAAAAAUGGGAGGGACACAAGUGGAGAGAGAAGAGAAGGUGUCUUUGGAACUCAGCGAAGAAAUUCUUCAGAGUAUGGAAGUGGGAAUGUCCUUCAAAGACUAUAACGGUAGAAUUAGUUCGUUGGAUUUUCACAGGGCAUCCAGUUAUCUAGUGACCGCUAGUGAUGAUGAAUCCAUUCGUCUGUAUGAUGUUACUGGUGGAACAUGUUUGAAGACAAUUAAUAGCAAGAAGUAUGGAGUUGACCUGGUUUGCUUCACAUCUCAUCCUACAACUGUCAUUUACUCUUCAAAAAAUGGUUGGGAUGAAUCUUUGCGGCUUCUAUCGUUGCAUGAUAACAAGUAUUUGAGAUAUUUCAAAGGUCACCAUGACAGGGUUGUGUCUCUAAGCUUAUGCUCUCGAAAAGACUGCUUUAUAUCUGGAUCUCUAGAUCGAACUGUUUUACUGUGGGAUCAAAGGGCUGAGAAGUGCCAGGGACUUUUACAUGUACAAGGAAGACCUGCUAUAUCAUAUGAUGAUCCAGGGCUUGUCUUUGCAAUUGCCUUUGGAGGAUACAUAAGAAUGUUUGAUGCCCGCAAGUAUGAAAAGGGUCCCUUUGAGAUAUUUUCUGUUGGGGGAGAUAUUUCUGAUGCAAAUGUUGUGAAAUUUAGUAAUGAUGGGAGACUAAUGCUUUUAACAACGGCAGAUGGGCAUAUUCAUGUGCUUGACACAUUUCGUGGCACACUUUUAUCCACAUAUAAUGUCACACCUGUCUCAUGCAACUCCACAUUAGAAGCUUCUUUCAGCCCUGAGGGAAUGUUCAUAAUAUCUGGUUCUGGAGAAGGCAGCAUCUACGCAUGGAGUGUUCGAAGUGGCAAAGAAGUUGCAAGUUGGAGGAGUGCAACUUCUGAUACUGGACCUCCUGUAAUAAAGUGGGCUCCUGGAAGUCUUAUGUUUGCUACAGGAUCAUCUGAGUUGUCAUUCUGGGUUCCUGAUUUGUCUAAGUUGGGAUCCUAUGUUGGAAGAAAGUAGAAACAAAUCAAACAAUGCAUGAUAAAACUAUUGUUUGCCUAUUAACCCACUGAAAGGUAAUUUUUUUUAUUAAUACUACACAAAUUUAACUGUGCCGAAUGGCGUCGUGUGAUCCAUGUAGCCGACCUCACCUAGUGGGAUAAAACUUUGUUGUUGUUGCACUACACAAAGUGACAGAUUUUGCCAUGUUUUUGUAAAUAUUCUUCACCGAAGAGCAAUGGAUAUUUCAAUGAUCCUCCUAAUCUGUACAAGUUGAAAUAUCUAAAUCUGUAUAUCUUCCUUCUCCCAAUGUACUUGCUGUAGAUGUUCAUUUGGUUAUAAUUGGUUCAUAUACUCCUCCGGAUCAUUAGUUACAGCGCCAAAGGCACUAGUUUGCUGUUUGAUGUGAUCAUAAGUUUUGGUCCAUGGAUUUGCCAUUAUUUAUCUCACAUCUAGUUUUUAUAGUUUA